AUGGCUGCCAAAGACGUCGUUGAGACCACCAUCUUGGACAACAAGAUCGCCAUCUUCUCUAAGAGCUACUGCCCGUACUGCAAGCGUGCGAAGGCGCUCUUCGCUGCCAAGUUCCCCGACGUUCCCACCAAGAUUCAUGAGCUUGACUUGCUAGGAGAGGAGGGCAGUGCCAUCCAGCAGUACCUGCUGGAGAAGACUGGCCAGAGGACCGUGCCUAACAUCUUCAUCAACGAGAAGUUCAUUGGUGGAUGCGACAGCGUCACCAGCCUCGACCAGGAAGGCAAGCUGGCCGGCCUUAUUGCGGCGUAA